AUGGAAGGGAUGGGUGCGAUCAGUGUCUUCUUUCCCGUUUACAAAUCCCGUGCCCAGUGCUGGGUAGCUAAAAUUCUUUUCUUUGCGACCCGCCUCACCUCCUCAUCGCCGCUGAGCUUCCAUCGCCGGCUGAGCUGCACGCUGGCGAUGUCGACGACGCGUACGGCUGCGAGACACAUCGCCGCACUGCUGUCGGGCGUCGGGCUCGGCUACAUCGUCGCGCUUUCCCGGCUGCGGUGGCGGCGGCGACGGCAGCUAAACGCCGAGUGGACCCGUGCUGACUUUGUCGCACUCUUCUGCAACCCCAAGCUGCCGCGAAGCUUCGGCAUGCGGCCGCUCUCGUUUGGUCAGGAUAUGAAGUUCAUUAUGCGAGCGCUGCCACGCUACCUGCUGCACGUCGAGCCAGCCGCUUCGUUGUACACGGCUCGUCGCGCCCUCGUGCAAAACCGUCCACGGAUCGUCGUCUUCUCGGGUCACACCUCGCAUGUUGGGCAGAGCCCUCACCUCUGCUUCGAGACGCCGGACGGACGCUACGACCCCGUCGUCACCUCGCAGAUCCUAAUCGCUAUGCUGCUCAGCCUCGAUCGACGCUCCUCGUCGCCGCCGUCCGAUCUCUCCGCCGCCGUCGAGGCGCACUUGCAGGCGCAGCAGGCCGCAGGCCUCGAGAUGGCGCACUGCUCGCGCGCGUGGAUGGAGCGCGCGGCUCUGGAGUUCGCGACCACCUCCGAGCGCGCGUCGAGUAGUCCGUCGGCCGAGCGCAGCCUCACCAGCACAGGAUCCGAGCGCAGCCUCCUGCGCGGCCUCCUUCCGUUGCCAGCAGACGGCUCCGCGGCGUCGGAGGCGGAGCCGCUCCUCGCUCUCUCGCGGCUCGCCUGCAUCGUGCUCAACUCUUGCUGCUCGCUCGAGAUUGGCGAGAUGCUCGUGCGCGCCCUCCCGCGCGUCGCGCUAGACACGGCGGCCCGCGCCUUCCUGGUUGGCUUCAUGAACAAGAUGGUGGAGCUGGAUGCGGCGCCUUCCCCCGUGGCUCCAAAAUGCUUGCGCCUGUACCUGUGGGCGGGCGCCGGCCGUGAUGCAAGCAGCGGCCUCGACCUCGUCAAGUCCGCGUUCAAGGCUGGCUGCGCCGCGUUCACCGCGGGCGGCUACGCCUUUGGCGAUCCCAACAAUUUCCUCCAUCCGUCCGGACACCCGCACUGGCGGCAGCCAGAGUUCAAGACGUGCCCUCAUUGCUCGCCGCCGGUGCAGGGACAGGUCGUGCUGCUGCUCGCGAGCGGUGGCGGGGUGGAACGGAUAUAUGGCGGGUAA